AGGAUAUCCAGUCAGUCAUCAUUUGAGUGUUUAUCUCUGUGAAAGCUCUUCUUCCAGCAGUCAGUGUCUUCUGUGCUAGUGAACUUUAGACGAGGAUUUCCUCCUGUUUUCUUAUUAAAUAAACUAAAAAAAAAGCUUCAGACAGCACAAAAUACAGACAAACACACACGAAAAUGCUGGACGUGAGGAAAAUCUUUGCGAUCCUCGCGUGUGCCGUGGCCAUUCGUGGGCAGAUGAAUUGGUGUGAGAUUGAGGAGGCAAGCUGUCAGGGUCAGGGUCGUCAUAUUGCAUGCGAGAACACCGAAUUCCCACAGGGAAAGUGCCAAAAUAAGCAACUUGUGCCAAUUGAUGAGGAUCUCAAGAUUGUCAUCCUCGCCCGUCACAACAGGUACCGCAGUCAAUUGGCCAUAGGUCAUGUCCCGCGUUUCCCCAAAGCCGCCAAGAUGGAGGAGAUGGUGUGGGACGAUCAGCUGGCCUAUUUAGCACAGCAGCACGUCAAGCAUUGCAGCUUUAUGCACGAUGAAUGUCGUGCCACGGAGGAAUUUCCCACGGCUGGACAGAAUUUGGCUUUCACCGCUGAACCAACGGCCAACGUGAGUUACCCGUCAAUUUUGGAUUCUCUCGUGGAUUUAUGGUGGAAGGAGCACGAGAAGACAAAGGUGACCAUUGUGGAUGAACUCCGUGCCACGGAUUCCCUCACAUCGGGUCAUUUCGCGCAAAUGGCCAAAGAGGCCAACACACACAUUGGCUGUGGAUACUUGACGUAUGAAUAUGAUGCUGAUGACACCCACUGGUUCUCCCACAUGCUAACAUGCAACUAUGCUGACAACAACUGGCUGGGGCAGCCCACCUACACACCCGGAGACUCCUGUUCGCAGUGCAAGGAUCUCGGGAAGGCGUGCAGUAAGAAGUAUCCGGGACUCUGUGCUGCGUCCCUCAUUUAAGAAAAAAUGGGGAUUUCUAAGGGAAAAUCACCUUAGAAAUCACCUCUAAAAUAUCAUUAAAAUGUGUUCUUGACUUGUCAAAUAAAGAGUGACAUCAUACACCAUA